ACAACAUCCUGUGCUGAUUCAGGGUGAGACUUCGGUCGGUAAGACCAGUCUAGUCACAUGGCUGGCCCAGACAACGGGAAAUGUUUGUGUACGCGUCAACAACCACGAACACACCGACCUACAGGAAUACAUCGGCUCCUACUCUGCAAACCAACAUGGCAAGCUUGUCUUCCAGGAAGGUGUGCUUGUGGAGGCUAUGAGGAAGGGACACUGGAUCAUACUAGAUGAGUUGAACCUGGCACCUACUGAUGUUCUGGAGGCCCUAAAUAGAUUAUUGGAUGACAACCGAGAGCUGUUCAUCGCAGAAACCCAGGACACGGUGAAGGCACACCCAAAGUUUAUGUUGUUUGCUACCCAGAAUCCUCCAGGCCAUUACGGAGGAAGAAAGAUGCUGUCUCGUGCCUUUAGGAAUCGUUUUGUGGAGCUGCAUUUCGAUCAGAUCCCGAGUAAGGAGCUGGAGACGAUUCUCCAUCAGAGAUGUGACCUACCUAUGUCAUACGCCAAGCGACUCGUCACCACAAUGUUAGACCUACAGACAAGGCGGAGAGGGUCAGGAGUGUUCGCCGGUAAACAAGGCUACAUGACACUCAGGGAUCUGUUUAGAUGGGCUGAGAGGUACAAAUGUAAGAAUGUCAACCAGAAACAAGAGACUUUCUACGACUGGGACCAGCACAUGGCUGACCACGGCUACAUGUUACUGGCUGGGAGGGUGAGGCGACCAGAGGAAGUGACCUUAGUACAAAAGGUCAUCGAGCAACAUCUCAAACGUUCUGUGGACCCAAACAAGCUGUUCACCCUUGGACCAGGUACCUCGCCUACAACCGUUACACUGCUGAAGGAAGUCACCAAGCAGACGGUCUCGGAGUUUGGUCACAUCGUGUGGACCUACAACAUGAGGAGAUUAGCUGUUCUGAUUGGACAAGCUAUACAGUUUAACGAACCUGUUCUACUGGUCGGGGAAACAGGGUGUGGGAAAACCACUGUGUGCCAGCUGUAUGCUGCUCUGAAGAAAACCAAACUCCGCAACAUCAACUGUCAUCUCCACACCGAAAGUGCAGACUUCCUCGGAGGUCUACGACCCUGCAGGUCACAUGACCAAACUCAGGGAGAAGGAGAACUGAAGCUAUUUGAAUGGGUGGAUGGGCCGCUGGUAAUUUCAUUGAGAGAGGGAUCCAUGUUUCUGGUGGAUGAAAUCUCUUUAGCAGAUGACUCUGUCCUGGAGAGACUGAACAGUGUAUUGGAACCUGAGAGAACUCUUCUCCUGGCAGAAAAAGGAGGUGGAAACAGUCACCAUGAUGAAGUGGAUAGCGUUGUUGCGAAGGAGGGUUUCCAAAUUUUCGCAACUAUGAAUCCAGGUGGAGAUUUUGGAAAGAAGGAGCUAUCUCCUGCCCUGAGGAACAGGUUUACGGAGAUAUGGUGCGCCCAGACUGAUAAAUGUCAGGACCUGGUAGAUAUCAUAGAACACAACCUCCGAAGCGGUAUUCACUUAUGUAAUCAGGAAGAUGGCACCAGUGGCUUCGGACGAGCUAUGAUGGACUUCGUACAGUGGUUCUCCAACAAUGAUAUUGCUAAAAGGUGUACCGUCAGUAUACGAGAUAUUCUGUCAUGGGUUCACUUCAUCAACACAUGCUCGCGGACAGUGGACGAGGAAGGCAUGGAAACUGAUGACCACUGCUACAACAAGCUGGACCCUGCUCUAGCCUUCAUACAUGGGGCGUGUCUUGUGUUCUUAGACGGUCUCGGCUCAGGAACCACGAGUCGCGGGAAUGAUGCAGAAGUACGACACCUACGCGACACCUCCAUCAAGUUCCUACUUCAGCUAGUGAAUCACAUGACCCAUCAUGUCUAUAGCCUCCCCACACUAGGCCUUAUAAACAACAUCGGUCAGUCUGAGAAUUCCACCACUGGACACUCGGAACUGGACACUGUUGUCCAGAAAACAGACCAACAAUUCUGUAUCUACCCCUUUGCCAUCAGCCGAGGUGUGAAGAGUUGUGAGGGUGGUGAUGGCUAUGCUCUCCAGGCACCGACUACCUGUGUAAAUGCCCAAAGGAUCCUACGAGCCCUACAACUGACCCGACCCCUUCUCCUAGAGGGAUCCCCCGGGGUCGGUAAGACCAGUCUGGUCGCUGCUAUAGCUAAGGCGGCCGGCCAGGAACUUGUCAGAAUCAACCUAUCAGAACAAACUGAUGUGACAGACCUGUUUGGUGCAGACCUACCUGUGGAGGGGCAGGAGGGCGGAGUCUUUGCCUGGAGGGAUGGUCCUCUGCUCCAGGCCUUAAAGGCCGGCCAUUGGAUCGUUCUGGACGAGUUAAACUUAGCAUCCCAGUCUGUGUUAGAAGGACUAAACGCCUGUCUGGAUCAUCGGGCCGAGGUUUAUGUACCGGAAUUGGGACAAACUUUCCACAUACAGCAUGACAAGACAAGACUAUUCGCCUGUCAGAACCCUCUGAAUCAAGGAGGGGGAAGAAAGGGGCUACCCAGGUCCUUCCUUAACAGGUUUACACAGGUGUAUGUUGAGCCACUGACAAAGGCUGAUCUGACCUUCAUAUCCCGGACGAUGUAUCCCAGUAUACCUCGGGAGCUUCUCACCCACAUGGUCACGUUUAACAUGCAGAUUCAUCAAGAAGCCACAGUCGACAAGAGCUGGGGUCAGAAAGGCAGUCCCUGGGAGUUCAACCUGCGUGAUCUGUUUCGAUGGUGUGAUCUUCUCUGUCACAAUCAGGUUGCGAGUGGAUUUAACCCUGGUGAGUUUGUGGGCCUACUGUACAGGGAGAGACUGAGGACACUUCAGGAUAAAGAUAAGGUGAAGGAUCUGUACGAGAGGAUAUUUCCUGAUAGUCUGCCAUUUUAUACACCCAGUAGACAAGUAACAAUCUCCAACAGUGUAAUACAGGCGGGACACUCAUUUCUUUGCUGUGAAGAGUAUGUGUCAAGGGAGACAACUCGGUCACUGUACCUCCUUCACCACCUACUGGAGCCUAUGGAAGCAGUGAUGAAGUGCGUCCAGAUGAACUGGAUGUCCAUUCUGGUGGGGCCUCAGUCCUGUGGUAAGACCAGUCUUGUCCAGCUACUGUCCAGUUUGACCGGCCAUCACCUACAUGUUCUAGCAAUGAACAGUUCCAUGGACACCACAGAACUACUGGGCGGAUUUGAACAGGCAGAUAUCCAGAACCAUGUAGAGAAACUCAUCUACACAACCGAAUCUGUUGUCUUGGAUACCACCAUCCUGCUUCUCCAAGGACAACAUGUCAAUAUGGCAGGGAGUCUGCAGCGAUCCUGGAACAGCUUCAGGCAGUGUGAAGAUGCAGAGUUUGGAACCAAACUGUCGAGUGUGGAAGAGCUAGAAUCUGUCAAGGUCAAGGUCACACGUCUGACAGAGGUCAUCAGUGUCAUUAAACAGUCCCUCCAGACGCAGACGUCUGAUAAAGGAGCAGAAUUUCUGAAGACGGUAACAGACUUGGAGUCAGAGGUGACAAAGGUGACCUCCAAGUUAACUCUGACCUCUGUAGGGUCAGGCGGCGGGGCAUUUGAGUGGGCUGACAGCGUGCUGGUACAGGCAUUACAGGCUGGUCACUGGCUACUUAUCGACAAUGUCAACUUCUGCAGUGCCUCUGUCCUAGACCGACUGAACGCCCUGUUGGAGCCCCACGGCGUCCUUAACAUCAAUGAAAGAGGUGUUAUUGAUGGUGCCAUCCCUACCAUAAAACCACAUCCUAACUUCAGGCUGUUUUUGGCGAUGGAUCCAAAAUUUGGAGAAAUAUCCAGAGCUAUGAGGAACCGAGGAGUGGAGAUUUUUAUUCCAGGGGAGGAGGAUGGGUCACCAUACAGCUCUCAUGAUGUCAAGGUCAUGUUACAAGGUCAAGGUCUCUCAGAUGAUGGAGCGUGUGAUUGGCUGAUGUCUCUACACACUGACAUGAGAGAGAAUAUCUCGCUUGGGGAACGGCCUGUCAUACUCGAUCUAAUCCAUGCUGCCAUGGUGACGCAACAGCAGAUAGAUAGAGGCGUUUCAUUGGUCAAGGCAUUGAUGCAUGCAUCAUGUGAUGUGUAUGUCAAGAAUAUCAGAAGUCUUGUGACGAGAAAGAUGGCCAGGCAGCUGUGGGAGGACCACUGUCGUCACCUUGGCAACCUGUCAUCCAGUGGUACAGCAGGGGUUACCAUGGCGAUUACCAGCACCAAAGAUUUCCAUGAAGAUAAACAACUUUCAAAUGUUAAACUACACGGGGAAACCUUCCUGAGAAUUCUGAAAAGGUGUAUUCACUUCCUGGAGAAAAGCGAGUUUUCUGAACUUAGAUGUAAAAUGCAAGAACUGUGGCAUGCUGGGAUAUUGUUCUUGAAUUUAUCAUCACGAUCCCAUAGACAGCUACAUUUUGAUUGGCUGAUCUCCACAAUCAAACGUAUGUGGCCUGACGGUGACAGUUUAACAUUAAACAAGGAAGAGUUAUCUGCCCUUGAAGUCUUCACAGAACGUCUGGUGGAGAGCCUUCAGCCUGUGAUGAUUGGAGAGAUGGAUGUGGUGCUGCCCCAGUACGAUCAAAAUGAUCUUCAUUCCUGUAACAUAUCAGAUUUACUGGUCGCUGGUCCAGUGGAUGUGAGAUGGAAUCCUCAGGCUGUACAGCAGUUUUUCCUCACCUGUCAACAACCGUCUAAUUACAUCAUCAAAUUCAACAGGUAUCAUAUGAUGCAGGCUGCUGUCAUUCGACUGAACUCAGCUUCAGAUGAGGCUCUUCUGGAAAGAUUGAGGGCUUACACCAACAAAUCUGCCCUGGGUAGACGGGACCACACCGAGCUUUGUGACAUAUAUGUACUGUUAUCCCAGAAGGAAGAACUACUGAAAGCUCUUGCCUCCCUUCAGCUAACAAAUUACACAGAUGUUAUCAAGGUACUAGAUGCAGUGAAGUGGAGGUGUAGACUCUUGGAUGCAUGUGAAGGUUCUAUCACAGGAGAAGAAAUGGAGUACCACUACAUGGCCUUACACUGGCACAUGUUCUACAAGAGGACAUGGCUCCUACUCAAAGACAGUUUGCCUCACCACAUACAUUCAGUGGUCAACCAUCUACAUCCAUCAUUUGAUCACAACGACAAACAAUUUGUCCACUUCUGGAAAUCCGUCGGUCAUCCAGCUCCAUUCAGAACACAGCAGGAGGCAGUAAAGACCUUGACCCUAGGUGACCUUUGUAGAACAGUUGACCUGGAAGUUGAGAGUGUAGCCAUAGUAACUCGUAAGAAAGUGAAACUUCUAUUGUGUGAUGAAGGCCAGACCAUGAUGAUGUUACAGAAGGCUAUGGCUGGUCUACACCGAGACUCCCAAUGUAAUGAUGAUGAGUACCACACGAAGGUGAAACAGAUUCAAGAGAUUCUGAAAAAGUUUGGCUUAGAUAAAAAGACUGAUGAUGAUUUGACUACUGACAUUAUCCAAUCACAGACAGAGAGCAUUGCUAUAGCUACCAGGUCACCAUGGCAACAUGUGUGUUUGUGGCCUCUUUUUGAGUAUGUUUCCCUUAUUGCUGAGGCAGCAUCAGUUCCGCAACUCUAUGCUCGCAACAUUCCUGAUGGAUGCCUGAGCUUAACUGACUUCUGUUUGACCUUCACCCCAGUGUCCCCAGAACAAGUCACUCAGUACCAGAACCUCGGACACACUGACCACCAACAGCAGAGUUGGAUGAUUCUGCAAAAACAGCUGUUCAGAAAAACUUGGAACUGUACAGCUGUGAAACAUAUUGACUCCUGGCUUCAGUGGAGUGAAGAAGAAGAAGAAGAGCAAAACACAGCCAUGAGUCACCAUAACGACAGUGUCUAUGGUCCGUAUGCAUUCCAUAUGGCCACCCCUACCUAUGCUGUGUGUACAUUUCUGUGUGGGGGUAGCCAGGACAAGAGGUCCAUGGGGUCCAGCCCAUCUGACCUCCAGUGUCUACAGGUGUCUUUAGGACAGUGUCAGGCCCAGGCCCAGAGACUCUCACUUGUUGCUAGGCAUCUUUGGUCACAUGCCUCCUUGUUGUCAUGCCAACAGCUCUCUCCAAGAUUUUUAGAAAAACAGCAUUUAUGGGAGGUUUUUGUCUUCUUCCUGAAAUCUGCCACCACAGUUGUCUCCCCUGACAAGUCUGAGAUCUACAAAGAACAAUUCAGUGAAAUCCAGGCCAUGAUGACAGAGGUCAGAGGUCAGGCUGCCAGAUGUGAGGUUAAUAUUGAUGAGAUGCUGAAAAACAGACUAGAUCUCUGCCAAAGUUGUCUGAGUGAGAGUUUACCUGACUUGGUGUGUCGGAUAGAGAGGUGUUUCUGUAGUGUGUUGAAGGCAUUUACGGCUGACUCGGCCAGUUUAGUGGAUGUAGGAACAGCCUGGCUCCACCUCGGCCUCCUCCAGAGGGCGCUGCUGGUGCCGACUAUUAGCGUGGACCCUGUGGAGAAAACAGCAAUAAAACUCAAAUACGCCAGACAAGAGUUGAUGGACACACAGGCCGAGCUGAGUGUGUACGAUCAGCAUCAUCUUUUGACCACUGGUCAGCCACUCUCCAGUCUCCCUGACCACUUGUUACAUCCUCGCAUACCUCACUUGGUUGCCAUGACAAAAUAUCUCCAGGAAAAGGUCUCCCUACUUGAACUACAGCAGGCCUACAGACCAAAACCCUCCAAGUUUAAAUUUCUUGUAAGUGAUGUCAAGGACUAUUUAUCAAGUGUCGGCAGUGAGGAUCACAUUCUCCAACUUCUGGACAGACUUUCAUCAGUUGCCAUGACAACGGGUAACAAGUUCGCCGAGGAGAAGAUGUGGCAAAAGACGCAGGGUUCCUUCCUCGACAAUCUCGAUACUCGGUAUCCAGAGUAUCGCGACUUAGUGACCCCAUUUAGUCUCACCGUCAUGCAGGUCAGACAUGGCCUCCGUCUAGUGGCAGGAUGUGCUCAGCAGCGACAAAUUAGGCAAGAGCUGAUUGGUCAACAGUCCCAGGAGAAACUGGAAGAGAAAUUGCUGAUGAUGUCCAAGUUCCCAACAAUAUCUGAAGCUUUUCCUAGUAAUCUUGAUCUUGUGAAGUCUUUAAUCUCUGACCUUACAUCAAGCCUCCUUCUGACUGUGAUCCAGCGACAGGAUACACAGGAUACUAGAUACCAGCAGGAGAAACAACUUAUUUCAAGGUUACUACAUGCCAGCCUUGACCUUGUGAAGUCUGACAGUCUGAUUCGGAAGGAGUUGACCUCCGACAUGACCUUCACCUUGUCCAUGUUAUUCCAUCAAUUCGUAACAACAUGGCAGAGACAGGAGGAGGCAAAGAGAGAGCGAGAGAAGGAGGAAGAAAGUCUUUAUCGGUAUAAGUCCAAAGUCCACGGAGAUGACAGACACAUUGAUGUGAUUGAGGAAGAGGAAUUCAGGAGCAGCUUCCCAACUUUUGUUAAUGAAUUCGUGGACAUCACCGGUACAGACACGCUGGACGAGUCUGUGGAGAUGGAGACACAGGACAAGAUAGGAGCUGAUAAGGAGGAGACAACUCCGGACAUGAUCACGGAGGAGGAGAUGUUCCAUGUGUACGAGACCCAUCAUCAGGUGUUUACCUGUUUUUGUCGGGCUAGAUGGUUACCACGGUUACCAGCCCCUCAGGUGGACACUGAUGACCUGGUAGCGCCCUCCCUGUCUACCUACUAUAUUCGGGAGCGUGAUAGCGUCUCUAACCUACGAUCUAAUGAAGUUGACCCGCAAAUCAUUGGUGGACAUCUGUUAGCGAAUCGAUUGAUUCAGGAGCAGAUAACUCCAGCAGUGUCAUCAGGAGAUGACCUUGAACCUGUGAAAGGGAAUCCAACAUUUGACAUCUAUCAUGACCCAAAUGUAGCUGAGGUUGUCCAGUGUCGGCCGGUCCUGGACCGACUGACCGCCCGUGUCCAGGAACUACUUUCAGAAUGGCCUGACCAUCCUACACUCCGACAGUUAAUGAAAAUAACAGAAAGGAUCUUAAACUUCCCGGUGACCUGUCCCAUAAUGAAGUUCCUCACCGGCCUUGAACUAUUGUUGGAGAAGGCUCAGGAGUGGGAGAGUAAUGCUGCCCGACACGUUUCCAUGGUGACACAACUGGCAGACGUAUCACUACUGAUCAUGCAGUGGAGGAAACUAGAACUCAGCUGUUGGAGUCAAUGCCUCGAGUCCAUCAGGAAGAAACACAAGUGUCACACAAGUCGCUGGUGGUUCCAUCUGUACCAGUUAAUUCAAGCCUUCUUACAACACAGAUCACAGAUUCCUGAGAAGGAUAAUGGUCCCAUCAGUGAUGGGGGAGAUAGUAACCAGGAAGAGAUUCUGAAGUCUCUCAAACAGUUCAUGGAGACUGCCACCCUAGGAGACUAUAGUGUCAGACUGGGCAUGCUCAAGGCUUUCCACUGUCAGCUGGUUGUCAUGGAGACGUCCCCCAAACAAGCUACACUGUUGUCUUUCCUAUGGAAUCUUCAUCAGUUCUACGACCAGUUUACUGACGUUGUACAGAAGGAACUUGAUAAACUGAUGUCUCCCAUACUGAAGGAACUCAAGGGUUUUGUGAAGAUUGCCCGCUGGACAGAUAUGAACUACUGGGCACUGAAACAGACGACAGAGAAGACACAUCGUACCCUACACAAACACAUGAAAUCCUUUAAGGGUAUAUUAGAGGUACCCGUCCGAGGUAUACUAAAGGAAGGCGGUUCCGAGGUGGAUAGUGUCAGUCAGCCAUCAUCGUGGCUGUCGGAACUGUCAGAAGCUGUCUCAAGUAUCAACUUCACAUCAGUCAUACAGAAGAAUACAGAAUUACCCAGUGUCCUGUCUGAAGAGUCGUUCCCCUUACAAUGUCGUUUACUGGCAUUGUGUCAUAGAGCCGGUAAACAUCUUACAAAAUACAUGGCUGCCACAGGGUACACAGAUCACAUCAAGGUGAUGGACGAGGCCACAGGUGAAAUCAUUGAUACAAUACAUGAACUCCAGUCCCUUGAAGUGGAUCAGUCAGCAGAAAAAGACAAGCAGAAGUCUGAAGCCAAACACAUCCACCAGAAGAAGAGGAAAGCCUUGGCAGAUCUGUUUAAACAUCUGGCAUACAUAGGUCUAUCGUACAGGAAGGGUUUGGUGUUGUUGAAUAAGGCAGAGAGCCAGAAAGAGGCUCUGUUAGUGCCACCUGUAAACGUGUCGGCACUGGUACAGCAGAAUCCACACAUGCAGUUAGGCGAGGCAAUGUCCACCCUGGGAGAUGGCUGUGGUCAGUACUACAACAAAUGUAUAGCCAGGAAGGUUCGGUUUAUGGCCGCACUCCAGACACCUUCAAAUGAGCUGGGUGUAGGCAACAUUGACCGAUGUAAAGGGUUCACAGAACACCUGUUUGACCUCCUGAUCCGUCAGUACCGAAGCCUGUCCAGUAUCAGUGAUAGUUUCUGCCAUCUCAGUAAGAUGACCAAGGUGUUAUCUAGACUAGAGGAGGAUGUGAGUCGACCUCAGCCUCCGGUCCAGCAGCUGACUGACUGGACAUUGCGGAUCAAGGCUAUGCUAGUCACUGUACUGGAGGGAAUGGCACAGUUCGAAGCUCUCCUGAACUGCUGCCCCUCGGCUGGUAGUGGACCGUCCCCACAUCCCUCACCCUUCCCCUCCUCCAAACUUUCAGACAUGGCACUGGUCUGUCGUGGCGACCAAAUCUGGAGUGAGACAUCUAAUAAGGUCAAGAAAAUCCAAGCCACUACAAAGGAUAUCCAGAAUAAACUGCUGAGUGUGACAGACGGCCCAGGGAUGCUGAUCUGGAGUGACCUUGACCUGAUUGGCCACCUGAUGUGCGACCUUGACAGAUUGGUGCCUGAUCUAGAUUCCGUAGUAGCAAGUUUCCGUGCUCCAGGAAGUUCCAACCUAUCUGCCUUCACCGACACUCUAGCCUUCCUCCGACAUCACGUCACAAACACCGUCUCAGAAUUCCAGGCAUGGGGGGAACAGGCCCUCAAUCGAACCACUGGGCCUCAGGUUACCAUGGAAACACACGCGUCCAAGGACUUUGGUGCCAAGGUUGAAAGCCUGAUUACUCAUCUACUCUUAGUAAUUCAGAAUCUCUCCAAGUUACAUGUACCGGAGGAUAACAAUACAGAGGAAGACAAAGAUGAAGAAUCACAGGAAGGACAUUUUGUCAAGUUACUGUGUGACAGAGUGGAGCAGGAAGGAGUCAUUAUCAGCUGUGACAAGAUCGGAGAGGAGCUCCAGGCUUUACUGAAUCAGCUGACUGAACUGUGGGACACAGAGACUAGCCGAGCUAGUAGCGCCCCCUGUGGGCUGAUGUUAGUGAGCUGUCUGCCCCUUAUACAUCACUUCCUGUCAGUUGUCCAGUUUAACUUCCUACAAAAGCUGGCGGUUACUAGGACGACAGGCAAGCUGCUCUCAACUCUGCUGGGGGUCUUCACUGAGCUGACGACAAAUGGAUUUUGUCUGCCUGCUGAGUUUGCAGAGGAGAUAGCAGGAGAAGGUGCUACCGACUUUGUAGACAUAGAAGGUGGAGGAAUGGGAGAGGGAGAAGGGGCCAAGGAUGUCAGUGAUCAGAUAGAGACAGAGGACCAGUUGGAAGACACAAGACAACAAAAUGAGAAAAAAGAACCGGAGAACCAUCCAGAUAUGGCCUCCGAGGAGAACGCCAUCGAGAUGUCGGAGGACUUCGAGGCCAAUCCCCAGGAUCUGGAGGAUGUGGACAAGAAAAGUGACGGAGAGGAAGAUGAGGAAGGGGAUGACGAGGACAAACUGGACAAACAGAUGGGAGAGGUUGAUGAACAGGAAGCUGAUAAGUUAGAUGAUCAGAUGUGGGGGAGUGAUGAUGAUCAAGAUGAAGAUGAAAGUAAAGAGGACAAAAAAGAGGAGUCUGGUCCGGGGGCUGGACAGGAAGCAGAGAGCCACCUGGUGGCAAAAGAUGACAAUACAGACAAAGGGGAUGAAGAGGACACAAAGGAUCAGGAAAAGAAGGAUGAUGAUCAGACGGAUGAAAAUCAAGAUGUCAAGCCUCAUCAGCAACAGGAAAUGGAUGAGUCUGAGUAUGAUGAUGACCGUAUAGACCCUCACCAUGGUAACAAGGAACAAGAGGAACAACCAGAGACCAUGGACCUUCCCGAGGACCUCAAUCUGGAUGAGAACGAGGGGGAGGAGAAGGCGGAUGGAAUAGAUGAUGAUACCACGAAGCCUGAAGAAGGAAAGGAGGAAAAUGAAGUUCAAGAGGAGAUAACUCCAGGAGAGGAAGAAAGUGUGGAGGACAAAGAAAAACCAGAAAAUCCUGAUGAGGGUUCAGAGGAGAAAAAGGAGGAGAAAGAGGAGGAAGGGUUUGAGGAAUCCAACAUUCAAGAUAAGGAUAUGGCUGAGGAGCCAGAGGACCCUCCAGAGGAGAGAACAGAAGAAGAGGGACAGGAUGAUACUCCUGGAUUUUCAGCUCAGGAUGAUAAAUCAGAGGAGAAAGAGGAUGAGGAGAUGGAAGAGAACGAGUAUCAGGGACAGUCAGUACAUGGGAUAGACAAUGUGGAGCAAAGUGAACAGGCUCAGAGUCAGGCCGGGGAGAGUCAGAACGACCAACAACAGAGUGACAAUAUUGGCACCACAGCUACAGAUCAACUUGAAGGUCAUGAAGGUGAUAGUUCAUCAAAGGUCACUCACGGAUCAUCCCAACAGGACAGCAAAAAGCCACUGAAGAGGAAGCCAGGCCAGUCGGAUUCCGAUCGCAGUCUUGGAUCAAAAGAUCACAAGUAUAAGAAGUUACGAACUGUUGAUGAUGUAGCACAGGAUGAGGAUAAGGAGGAAGGAGAGACUGAGUCUGACCUCUAUCAACACAUCAAAGACUCCCAGUCACAUGACACUCAGACCCUGGACACAGCUACAGAUGAUCAGCAGCAGCAACAAGCACUGCCUAAUAUGGAGGACGAGGAGUCAGAGGCCCCGCAACAGGACGAGGAUGUGGACAUGCAAGAUGAGAAGACCAAUCAGACAGAGGAAAAGGCACCUUCAAAGAUGUCUGCCAAGUUAACUGGAAAGAAGGAAGAGUCGUCAAAAGGAGUUGACGAAGAUGUUGUCAUGGAAACAGAAGAUGUUGUCAAGUAUGAAAUUGAUGGAGAGAUUGGUAUGACAGCCAUGGUAGCUCGGGGACCCGAAUCCACCAUCCACACCACGGACCAACAGCUUCACAUACCGAUGAAGGAAUUUGACAUCGAGAAACUACGAUCAGAACUGGAGGAACAGUUGGUUACUUGGUUCGAUGCUUGUUCACUACAAAAUGAGAGUGUCGCAGCAGAAGCUUGGCAUAAGUAUGAAGCAUUAACAGCCAGUCUGUCUCAGGAACUGUGUGAGCAACUACGACUGGUACUGGAACCAUCCCAGGCCACAAAACUCAAGGGCGACUACAGAACUGGAAAGAGGCUGAAUAUGAGGAAGGUCAUUCCGUACAUUGCCAGUCAGUUCCGUAAGGACAAGAUUUGGCUACGUCGCACCAAGCCAAGCAAACGGCAGUACCAGAUCAUGCUGGCUAUCGAUGAUUCCUCUAGUAUGGUGGAUAACCACUCCAAGCAGCUUGCGUAUGAAUCCUUAGCGUUGAUUGCCAAUGCCUUGACGUUACUGGAAUCUGGAGAGCUGGGUAUUUGCAGUUUUGGAGAAAGUGUUCGUCUGUUGCAUCCAUUCACAGAACAGUUCACUACUCAAUCCGGCGCCCGACUUUUACAACACUUCACGUUUGAGCAGAAGAAGACCAAGAUUGCACAGCUUCUCAAACAGAUUACAAGUCUGAUGGUGGAUGCACGGUCUAGACAGCAGGGCAUGCUGGGUAAUCCGGACACCUCCCAGCUGUUACUAAUCGUGUCUGAUGGGCGGGGAUUGUUUGUCGAGGGUAUGGAGACGGUGAAGGCCGCGGUGAGACAGGCCAGAGAAGCCAGACUUUUCCUUGUCUUUGUUAUCAUCGACAACCCCGAAAAUAAGGAUUCGAUAUUGGAUAUCCGAGUCCCAGUGUUUAAGGAAGGUGGACAGAUGCCGGAGAUCAAGUCUUACAUGGACCAUUUUCCGUUCCCGUUUUACAUCAUACUGCGAGAUAUCAACUCCCUUCCCAGCGUGCUGUGUGAUGCCCUCAGACAAUGGUUCGAACUUGUCACUUCUGUGUGAAGCAUUCAUACGACAGUUCAGACAUUUUACUUCUGCCCCACAGCUUCAGAGAAUGAUUCUGGCUUGUUAGUUUAGGGUGAUGCCCUCAGACAAAGGAUCAGACAUUUUACAUCAGCCAGACACACUCGAACACUGGUUCAAGCCCGUCACUCGAUGCCAUCGGACAAUGAUUCAAAUGUGUUACUUUUGCAUCAAGUCCUCUGAUGCCCUCAGACAACGGUUCAAAUGGUUACCUUUGAAUCAAGGCCUCCGGUGCCAUAAGACAAUGGUUCAAACAUUUUACAUCAGCAAGACACACUCAAACAGUGGUUCAAGCCAGUCACUCGAUGCCAUCGGACAAUGAUUCAAAUGUAUUACUUUUGCGUCAAGUCCUCCAAUGCCAUAAGACAAUGGUUCAAACAUUUUACAACAGUGAGACACCCACAAACAGUAAUUCAAGCUUGUCACUCGAUACCCUCAGACAACGGUUCAAUUGUUACCUUUGCAUCAAGGCCUCAGAUGCCCUCAGACAAUGGUUCAAACAUUUUACCUCGGCGGGACAGCCUCAAACAGUGGUUCAAGUUUGUCACUUGAUGCCAUCGGACAAUGAUUCAAAUUUGUUGCUUUUGCGUCAAGGCCUCGGACAAUGGUUUUAGUGCAUUAUACCUGCUACCCCCUCAAAGUGUCUUAUAAACUUGCUGUUUCUCUGUGAUGACACCAGACAGUAGUUAGAAACUUGUUGAUCCCUGUGUUACUUGUGUGUGAUGCCUUCAGACAGUCGUUCAGAUAGGUAAAUCGUGAUAAUAUAUAGUCCUGAUACAUGUACGAAUAAAUAAAGGUUCAUUGUACAAAAUAAUGUAAUUUAGCUUAUCUAAUGAAAUAUUCAUGCAUAUACAUGUAUACAAGUUUCACACUCAGGUGUUCAAAUGUGUUACGUCUGUCAAAAAUAAGUAAAUUCUUAAGAUGAUUUUAAUAACAUGAACAGGCUGCUAUGCAGUGAUGUAUGGAAAAUGUAUCGCCAACUGGAAUAAUUUGACUUUUGCAGAAAUUUACAGCAUUGACAGAUAUUUUGGUGUUUUUCAAUUGUUUAAAGUUGAUUGAUGCAAUAAAAGGUGUCUUGAAUAUACAAUGUAAGUAAUUAAAAUUGUUCCAAUUUCAUCUUAUACAACAAUGUAUAUUGAUUGUAACAAAAAUUGUUGAGAAGACAUUUGAAAUAUUCUACUUAAAUGUAAAUGUCCCGAAACAUUUGACAUGUCAGAGUAUUUUUAGUAAAUGUAUUACAGGUACAUUGACUCAGUCAGCAUUUUAAAUUCUGUUUAAGAUUGUUAAUGUUGUUAUAAAACUAGUACAUGUACAUAACUUAUUUUUAUUCUUGUCAUGUUUGUUCACAUUAAGGUGUGACAAUAGAACGAGAGGUAUGAAGUCUUGUCAGUGUGAAUGAUUACUGAAUGUCAGAGCGGCUUACACUUGUGGCGUGUAUAUGCCAUAGUCUUGUUAAGGAAUAAAAUACUGUUUUAUCAUA